AUUCAGCAUCUGAACUGCCCCUGGUUCAAAGACUCUCCCCACAUAGUCUUUGAUUUCCAUCAGGAAUGUAAAGGUGGCAAUAUUGAUAAUCUAGCAAAGAAGCUUCAGCCAAGAAUACAAGAAGAAAUCAAUGAUUUUGGAUACUUCUGUUCCAGAAAUAAUCAAAUCCAGUCUCUCCAGAGAGGUACAAUGCGAACCAACUGUUUAGACUGUCUUGACCGUACUAAUCGCGUUCAGACAUUCCUUGGACUAGACACCCUUUUCAAGAUGUUGGAAGAUAUUGGAGUUUCGAAUAAUGGGGUCAUUGUGCAACGGUUUACAACAAAACUAGAGGAAAUGUGGAAGGAAAAUGGCAAUCGCAUCAGCCAAAUUUAUGCUGGGACCGGGGCUCUUCAGGGAUCAAAGAUCAUUGAUGGUGCAAGAUCAGCUGCGCGGACUAUUCAGAAUAACCUUCUGGACAGCAGUAAGCAAGAGGCUAUAGAUAUUCUGCUCCAUGGUAACCUGCUAAAUAAUUACCUGGCAGCCCUUGCUCGAUCUCUUCUACCUUCAAGUUACUUGUAUGCCCCUAUAAGUGUUCUACGUCAGAUAUGUCGACGUAGUCCAGAAUACACAGCACCCAUUCCUCUGCGUGUUGCUGUAGGAACAUACAAUGUUAAUGGUGGAAAGCACUUCCGUAGUCUUGCCUAUAAGCAUCUCUCCUUGGAUGACUGGCUUCUUGAUUCAAGGAAAAAUGCUGUUCAGAGUUCUCUGGUUGACACAACACCAGAGGAAGAAGAUACGGUUGACAGAGCUCCUGAUGUUUUUGCUAUUGGCUUUGAAGAAAUUGUUGAUCUGAAUGCUACCAAUAUUGUACAGAAUACACAGUGGUCAGAAAAUGCUGCUUCCUGGGGGAAGGAACUGCAAAAGGUUAUAUCAAGAGAUGAGAAAUUUGUGAUGGUAACUUGGUCCCAGUUAGUUGGUGUAGCAUUGUUUGUCUUUGUGAAUGAAAAGCAUGCAAACCAUGUGCGAGGAGUAUCUGUGGAAAGUGUGAAGACGGGCAUGCAGGGUGCAACAGGCAACAAGGGAGGCGUGGGCAUACGUCUGGUUGUCAGAAACACUUCAAUGGCAUUUGUCUGCUCGCAUUUUGCUGCUGGUCAGAAGGAAGUCCAAGAGCGGAAUAAUGAUUAUGACAGCAUUGCACGAAAACUCAUAUUCCCUCUUGGCAUGCCACUGUGGGCCCAUGAUUAUGUCUUCUGGUGUGGGGAUUUCAAUUAUCGCAUUAAUCUUUCUCGUGAUGAAGUACUUGAACUCGUUCAGAGGCGAGAAUGGAGUGUCCUGCUUCAACAUGAUCAACUUAAGCAAAGUUAUGCCGAAGAGAAGUGCUUCAAAGGUUUCAUAGAAGGUGACAUCGCUUUUGCUCCAACAUACAAGUAUGACCUGUUCUCUGAUGAUUAUGAUACCAGUGAAAAGUCCCGCAUUCCAGCAUGGACAGACAGGGUGCUCUUUUGGAGGAGGAUGUACCCACGUGACAAGGAGAAUCCCAAGUGGACACCAGGUAUAUUUAUGUCGAUUGUUCACUAUGGAAGGGCUGAGCUGAAACAGAGUGACCAUCGACCAGUGUUGGCAGUGAUUGGAGAAGGCUGCACUGUCAUUGACUCAAAGCUUGCCAGCACCUACGAGUCUGUUGUAGCAUCACUUGGUCCUUCGGACUGUACUGUUGUAGUGCAGGUUCAGAACCUCCCUCCUGGAGCUGAUGCAGAUUCUGUUUUUGACGAUGAAACACUGGAGAAAGUCCAAGAAGCCAUGGGAACAGUGGGCUCUGUGGUGCUUGUGCGCUUUGUGGAUAACAGAGUUUGGUUCACGUUUAGCGAUUCGCAGACAGCACUAAAGGCUAUAGGAUGUAGUCCAUUACAGGUAAUUGAGAUUGGGAUUAAGCUUGCCUAUGUGGAUAAUAGGGGACACAGGCUGGAAGUGAAGCUCAAGACAGAGGCCUGGAGAGACCAGCUGGAGGAGGAGCUUGCCCUCUGCGGGGACACUACUGUACCUCUUAUAGAGGAGACCCUCAACAUCUCAGACCAAGUGGAUACUUCUUUCAGCAUUAGAAAUAUUGAAGGUGCCAUGGAGAAGUUGUAUCAGUCAGAACUUGAGGGUGAAGAGGAUCCAGCCAGCAGUGAACCAAUAAAGGAACAGCGGUCCCCCAUCCAGCCCUCUCGGCCCCCACCUCCACGCCCUGCCCCAUCAAGACCUCCCCCUCCUCGUCCCACUCCCCCAGGAUCUGCUCCAACUUCACCAGCCAUAGCUCGGGCUCAGACCAAGGUUAAGGUCAUCACAAAGCCUGUGCGACCUUCUCAGCUGGCACCAGCAGGAAGCUCUAUGGCCUCAAAGUCACCCACUGCAGAGGAACAGAACCAGGAAAUUGCCCAGUGCCCCAAACCUCCUAAGCCAGAGAUGGAAGCACCCCCAGCGCCAAAACCAGUUUUACCACCCCGUACUCCAUCUUUAGAAAGUCCCGUUGCAGAAAAAUCUGCAGCUUCCUUCACUAGCUCCCUAUUUGGUGGUCCUCCUUCUUUGCCAGCUGAUCUUCCUCCCCCUGCCACCAAUGACCAGCCCUCUGUGUCCCCUUUUGGUGCUCCUCCUUCAUUGCCAGACAAUUGUCCUCCAUUGGUACAAUCUUCAACCAAACCUUCCGAGGGGCAGACCACAGCUUCUCCUUUCGACAGCCUGCCUUCUAAAACUGACAAUGUGCCUCCUAGUAUACCUUCAUCUGAAACGCCACCUUCUAGCCAGCCGCCUUCAGGGCCACCACCUGGUCCUCCCCCUUCCCUCCCCCCUCCUGGACCACCUCCUUCUCUCCCACCAAAUGGCCCAUCCUCAGCUCCCCCAGCAGGGCCCCCACCUAGCUUACCUGCAAGGACCCUCCCUCCUGUGCCAGCUAGAAGUGGUGCAGGAGCACCUCCUCCAAUCCCAUCCCGAUCCUUACCCCCAGUCCCUGCACGAAAUCUUCCUCCAGUGCCACCCCGAAAGUAGUUUUGUGUCCUUUUUGUUGUGUAUUUAGAUGGCUUUUCUGAGGCUUGUCAGGCAUCUUUUAUUUUUUACACAGUGAAUUUGGGUAAUAUAUUAUGCUGAUUUUAGGGGAAUGUCUCUUGUUUGAAAAGAUCCCCUUUGUCAUUUUGAAAGGAUAGGAGAAAGAAUGCUAUAAGGCCAUAAUAGCAAAAAAAAAAUGUUUUUAAUUUCAGUAUUAUUAUUGAUUAUUUCUCUUAUCUAGUCCUUUGUGAUUUUCUUUGUGAUUGUGCAAGUGCAAUGUGUUGAUUUAUCUAAUUCUAUUUGAAAAAUGUUUCAUGUAUGCAUACAUCAGUAUGUACCCAUACGUAAACAUCCACACAAGUGCAUACAUGCACCCACAUGCAUGCACUCACUUUCUCCCAUAUAGACACUCAUUCAGAUACGAUUGUAAUUAUAUAUAUAUUAUUUAUUUAUCAAGAUAUUUAUUUGCAUUUCAUCUUGUAAACCUUUCAGUCACACAGCAGCUUUUGAAGACCAUAUACCAAAUUUUUUAAUGCUAACCUUCCAAGAUCAAUAGGAUAUUAAUUUAUUUAAACUCACUUUAAGUUGUUACAGAUUCUCAUGCCAAAUUAAAUUUCAAAGAAAUCUUAUUUUUAAAAAUAGUAUUAUUCAUUCACCCAUUCAUUAUAACUCAUUUGUAGAGGAUUCAAGGUAUGUCUUUCCAGAUUUUUCCUCUUUGUUGUUUCUCUCUUUUUAAUUUGCAAAAUACCAUAAAAACUGAACAUUUCUUCUAUUCUAUUUAGUGAACUGUUAUUUAUUUGAUUUCUUUAAUUAUAUAAGUGUUACUGAAACAUAUUUGACUUAUGAAAUUAUUGUAUAAUUUUUACUUGAUAUACACAUAGGGACUUCAAAGAUACUUUCUUUCCAAUGUCUAAUUGCUUUUAAAAUUUGGUAAUUGAAAAGACAGUUUUGAUUACUUUUGUCCAUGCAAAUGUCAUUCACAUGACAAAAAGUAAUUAAAUUUAUUCCAAUGUAUUUUAGAGGUCUUUCACAUAACACAAGUAAGUUAUUAAUUAAUUUCCAUUUAUAUUAGUGCUAAAUUAUUAUUUGCUACAGUAUAAAACUCAUUUCAAAAUAAAUCAUUUGCUGUAGAUAUCACAUCAUUCUUAUGGCUCUGUGUGACAUUUUUCUUUCUACUUAAAUUUCCUUUCAAGAAAUCAUGAUGCUCCGACCAUAUGCGAGAAUAUUUAUGAAUUAAUUGUUGAUGCGUGUGUAUGUUUUGUAUAGUACCCGUAAAAUGUUGUGUAUAUUCAUAAAGUGAAUGUAAGAUACUCUGUAGAUGUUGGCAAAAUAUCAGCCUAUAUAAAGGUAAUGUGGUAUAUACUAGCACUAGUCAUUUCUUUACUUUCAUACUGUGCAGACUGACUAUUUGCAUCUGGAAUAGCUCAGGAGCUUCUAGCCAUUGUGAAAGUUAAAAGAGUAGAUUUGUUGUGUUUCCAAAGCAUUAUGCAAAGGUUUCUGUAUAGUCUGUGAUGUUAAUCAUUAAAAUAAUGCUAUACUUAAAAUAUGUAAUAAUAUAUACAAUAUAAUACAAGAAGUAAAAGAAAAAAACUUCACACAGAUUUCAAUAAUACUGAAUUUAACUUCAUUUGUAAUUAUUUAUUGAAAUAUUUAGUGAGAUGAGCAUUUGUUAUGUUUAUUGUUCCAAUGUUAAUUGUUGUGCUUUAAAGUGACUGAAUCUAAUAAUGUUUACUUUAUAUAAGGGAAGGAAGGGAAGACAGAUUUUAUACAGAUACUCAUAUACAGUUCUGACAUUCCACAGUUUUAUAUUACCUUAAGUACAAUGUUUAUUAGGUUUGUGUAAUUGUGAUAUCUGGAACAGUAGUGGGUUCUUAAGGUUUAUUAUUGUUAUUAAUUACUACUACUACUAUUAAUAAUACUAUUGCUAUUACUACUAUUAUUAUACUUUUAUUACCAUUACUGUUAUUGUUAUUAUUAUUAUUAUUAUUAUUGUUAAUUAC